CCGAUCCCCGUGGGGCGGGGGACCCGCGGCGCACGCAGUCGGGAUAUUCUGCAGCAGCCGCGAAGCCGGGGGCCAGGAGCCGGAGCAGGAGCGGCAGCCGGGAUCGCAGCCCGCCGGGCCCGCUGCAGUCAUGGGCAACCGCGGCAUGGAAGACCUCAUCCCUCUGGUCAAUCGGCUACAGGACGCCUUCUCCGCCAUCGGCCAGAACGCGGACCUCGACCUGCCGCAGAUCGCCGUGGUGGGCGGCCAGAGCGCCGGCAAGAGCUCGGUGCUGGAGAAUUUCGUGGGCAGGGACUUCUUGCCCCGAGGAUCUGGCAUCGUCACACGACGUCCCCUGGUUCUGCAGCUGGUUAAUUCUACCACAGAAUAUGCCGAGUUCCUGCACUGCAAGGGGAAGAAAUUCACCGACUUCGAGGAGGUGCGCCUGGAGAUCGAGGCCGAGACUGACCGGGUCACGGGCACCAACAAAGGCAUUUCGCCGGUUCCCAUCAACCUGCGGGUCUACUCACCCCACGUGCUGAACCUGACUCUAGUGGACCUGCCUGGAAUGACCAAGGUUCCGGUGGGGGACCAACCUCCCGACAUCGAGUUUCAGAUCCGGGACAUGCUUAUGCAGUUCGUCACUAAGGAGAACUGCCUUAUCCUGGCUGUGUCCCCUGCCAACUCGGACCUGGCCAACUCGGAUGCCCUCAAGAUCGCCAAGGAGGUGGACCCCCAGGGUCAGCGCACCAUUGGGGUCAUCACCAAGCUGGACCUGAUGGACGAGGGCACCGAUGCUCGGGAUGUGCUGGAGAACAAGCUGCUCCCUCUGCGCAGAGGCUACAUCGGCGUGGUGAACCGCAGCCAGAAGGACAUAGACGGCAAGAAGGACAUCACAGCCGCCUUGGCUGCCGAGCGCAAAUUCUUUCUUUCUCACCCAUCCUACCGCCACUUGGCUGACCGCAUGGGCACGCCCUAUCUGCAGAAGGUCCUCAACCAGCAACUGACCAACCACAUCCGGGACACACUGCCAGGGCUUCGGAACAAACUGCAGAGCCAGCUGCUGUCCAUUGAGAAGGAGGUGGACGAGUAUAAGAACUUCCGACCGGACGACCCAGCGCGCAAGACCAAGGCCUUGCUGCAGAUGGUCCAGCAGUUUGCAGUUGACUUCGAGAAGCGCAUCGAAGGUUCUGGAGACCAGAUUGACACUUAUGAACUGUCCGGUGGAGCCCGCAUUAACCGGAUCUUCCAUGAACGCUUUCCUUUUGAGCUGGUUAAGAUGGAGUUUGAUGAGAAGGAACUCCGAAGAGAGAUCAGCUAUGCCAUCAAGAACAUUCAUGGCAUCAGAACGGGGCUGUUUACCCCAGACAUGGCCUUUGAAACCAUUGUGAAAAAGCAGGUGAAGAAGAUUCGAGAACCGUGUCUCAAGUGUGUGGACAUGGUUAUCUCAGAACUAAUCAGCACGGUUAGACAGUGCACCAAGAAGCUCCAGCAAUACCCGCGUCUUCGGGAGGAGAUGGAACGUAUAGUGACCACCCACAUCCGGGAACGCGAGGGCCGCACCAAGGAACAGGUCAUGCUUCUCAUCGAUAUCGAGCUGGCUUACAUGAAUACCAACCAUGAGGACUUCAUAGGCUUUGCCAAUGCUCAGCAGAGGAGCAACCAGAUGAGCAAGAAGAAGACUUCAGGGAACCAGGAUGAGAUUCUGGUCAUCCGGAAGGGGUGGCUGACCAUCAACAACAUCGGCAUUAUGAAGGGAGGCUCCAAGGAGUACUGGUUCGUGCUUACUGCCGAGAACCUGUCCUGGUACAAGGAUGACGAGGAGAAAGAGAAGAAGUACAUGCUGUCUGUGGACAAUCUGAAGCUUCGUGAUGUGGAGAAAGGCUUCAUGUCAAGCAAGCAUAUUUUUGCCCUCUUCAAUACAGAGCAGAGGAAUGUCUACAAGGAUUACCGGCAGCUGGAACUGGCCUGUGAAACGCAGGAGGAGGUGGACAGCUGGAAGGCUUCCUUCCUGAGGGCUGGCGUGUACCCUGAGCGUGUUGGGGACAAGGAGAAAGCCAGUGAGACCGAGGAGAACGGCUCUGAUAGCUUCAUGCACUCCAUGGACCCUCAGCUGGAGCGGCAAGUGGAGACCAUUCGGAACCUGGUGGACUCAUACAUGGCCAUCGUUAACAAGACUGUGCGGGAUCUUAUGCCCAAGACUAUCAUGCACCUCAUGAUCAACAAUACCAAGGAGUUUAUCUUCUCCGAGCUGCUGGCCAACCUGUACUCUUGUGGGGACCAGAACACACUCAUGGAAGAAUCGGCCGAGCAGGCUCAGCGGCGCGACGAGAUGCUGCGCAUGUACCACGCACUGAAGGAGGCGCUCAGCAUUAUCGGCGACAUCAACACUACCACCGUCAGCACGCCCAUGCCCCCGCCCGUGGACGACUCCUGGCUGCAGGUGCAGAGCGUACCGGCCGGACGCAGAUCGCCCACGUCCAGCCCCACGCCGCAGCGCCGAGCCCCCGCCGUUCCCCCAGCCCGGCCCGGGUCGCGGGGCCCUGCUCCUGGGCCUCCGCCUGCUGGAUCCGCCCUGGGGGGGGCGCCCCCCGUGCCCUCCAGGCCGGGGGCUUCCCCUGAUCCCUUCGGCCCCCCUCCCCAGGUGCCCUCGCGCCCCAACCGCGCCCCGCCUGGGGUUCCCAGAAUCACUAUCAGUGACCCCUGAGGAGUGUCAGCUACGCAGGAAGGGCCCAGCCUCACCUACGCGACCUGCAGCCCCCCGACCAGCGGAGGCUCCCCUCUUAGACUUAUAAGUCUAUGGCCACAGGCAUCGGCUGCUUGCCUCCCAGCCUCCCCAGGGUCCCCUCAGAGGACUCCUGGGCUUUCUGACCACCUGAGGGGCCUCCAGGGCUCCCUCCAGUCAUCCCCUUUAGCUUCGCUCUCCUGGUUCAAGCACUUCUGGCCUCAUGGCUGUUACAUGGGACUCCCUGAGGCUUGGGGUGGCCCAGGGCCAGUGGGAUGGGAGAAGGAGUGACCAGAGAAGAGGGAGACCCUAUGGACACAUUGCCUGGGUGGUGUGUGAGAGGCCGUGUGCGUGGCAAGUGAGGGCCACCAGCCUCCACCCAGACUACCUGCUAGUUAUGGCCCAGCACCUCCCAUCUUGCCUUUUUCAUUCAUCAACUGUCUGCCUCUUUUCUGGGAAUUUUGCCCACAUCCACUCCUGCCUCAUCCCCUCUGCCUCUGCUGGGGGUGGCUGCUCUUGCCUUACCAGCUCUCCUUCCUUUUCUCUCUCCGGUUCUCUCUUUGCUUUCUCUCCAACUGCCAGCCGAUCGGGUCAGGCAAGUCCAUCCCGUCCUGAGAGCCCCAGGCCCCCCUUCGACCUCUAACCAGAUCCCUUCUGCUCCUCGGAGACCUCCCUUACCAAGCCUGCCUGGACAGCUGUUCUGUGACUUGACAGUGGCUCCCCCCGGCCCCAAAGCGUGUUCCCUUCAUCUGUGACUUAGUCUGUUGUAGUGUGAGCUACACAUCCAGAUGUGAUGCUGGUGAAAACUUGUGCCCUCUGUGGUAUUGCUCCUGCGACAUUCUAUAAAUAUCUAUAAAUAUACCUAUAUAUAUAUAUAUAUAUACACAUACAUAUAUAUGGCUGACACAGCCUUGCCUGUAGUGUCAGAAUCAACCAUCAUGCUGUCCUUGUGGAGUCUUGUGGUCCAACUACAAGGGAACACUGUUACUCUGACCCUCCCCCAAUGUGCCACUCCAGUGAGCUUCUCUGUCCUCUUGGCCUGUGGACGGCCAUCCCCACCCUGCAGCAUGGGGAUGCUGCACUAGCAGCUGUAUGGUUCUCAUAGCCACCAGUCUUGCUGUCUUGGCUGAGAAUAAAAUCCAUUUCUGGAUGAUGGGGAAUUGUGUCCUCUGCUGGUUCAUAGUUCGUAUUCUCUGUGGAGCUGGGGGGGGAGGGGAAGAUGUAAACACUGGGCACUAAAUGCAGGGUGAGGAAGAGCCCCUGCUAGGGUGCUGUAAGGUGAGUUUAGCAGGGUCUCAUCCUAUGAACUGCUUCCACCAUUAGGGGGCAAGACCAUGAACUCAGCCAGGAGACUGAACUGAGGAGGCCUGCAGCCUGAAGGAGAACAAAAAUGGGCCAAUGUGGACAGGCUAGGGGAAACGGGGGACAGGAUGGAAAAGGUCUGGCCUGUAAGUCAGCACCCUUAGGUGCUGUACCCUAUCUAUAAGUGUUCCACGUACAUAUAGGUCAGUCUUGACUGUAACCCAUGACAUGCUCACUGGGAUCCCUCAGCUUCAGUAAGCAGUAUACAGACAAUACAGCAUACCUGCUAAGCACGUCAGACCUUAGGCUCCACACAGGCCAGAAGGCUGCUCUCUGCUGACAUACUCCCUGCUUGGUGACAACCUCAGGCUAACCCCAGAACCCAGUAACAGGAACACCCUAGGCCCAGUAGUAUGGCUAAAUCCAUUUAUUUCCCAAGUAAAAAGCAAAAUAAAGAGGAGCUGCAUCAGCAGGGUGCCACAACCCCA